UGAGAAUUUGGGAUUGGGAGUUGACAAUGUAAUAUGUAUUAUACUACUCUAUGGAGUUGACCUCGAGUAAAUGAAAAUAAUAACAAAGAAAGAGAUUAUCUUUAUAAGUUAAAAAAAUAUAAUUAACUAAUACAGUGUAAUAAAUGUACAUGCAAUUAGAAAAACACUGUACCUACUUAGUCCAAUAUUAUUACAAAAUUUAUUUAUUGCAUAGCUGUUCUGUCUGAUGUAAAAUUGAAAAUCUUUAAUUUAUUUUUACAAACAAGAAUGUUAAUCAGAAAAUAAUUAAAUUAGAAUCUCGACGAGAUAAGUCGAAACUAUGUAUUAUCGUAUUUAGUUAUCACUAAUUACAGUGUCCUCUAGAGAUAAAAAUCAUAAUUAAUUUAAUUUGAUAUCGCUUUUGUUUGCUGUGCUUGAUUUGUGUUCGAAAUUCAAACGUUCGACGCAGAGCAGACGCAGAUCAGCACACAUAUAUACGUCGUAAUACACACGUCAUAGAGCUGAUUUCUGUUUUGUAACCAGUUUUGUUUCGCCUGCUCAAAUAGGCUAACAAAUUACAAAAUCCGAUCAGUCAGUGAAUAUUUCAACACUGUGGUGACUGGUUGUUUCGAUUGUGCUGUGUUACACAAAACGCGUCUUACCUAACAAAACCAAGAGAUUGUAAUACAAAUAAUACUACAAUCCAUAAUAUAUUAAGUUUGGAAUAUUAACAUAAUAAUUAAAAAAUGGCAAAAGUAAAUGUGGAUUUGCAAAGAGAAAGGGACUCAUGCAGUUUCAACAUAACAGAAUUAACACACUGGAUUGAUGGAGGUGUUCAAAAAACUGAGGAGCGAAAAAAAAGAGAGGAGAUGGCCCUCAAGGAGGGCAUCCACCUCGAACCAGUGCCCUCCGUGUAUUUGAGCCACAAGGAAAAAUACGAGCUGGCAGUCAAAAAAGCCUGCCUGCUCUUCAAAAUGAUUCGUAAACUGCAGGAGGAAGAAAAUGCCGGAAUGGAAAAUUACUUGGCAGUACUGGGUGGUAACUUGGGUGCGGCGAUACUCGGCGAUGGGAACCCCUUGACGCUGCACUACGUGAUGUUCAUCCCCACCAUCAUGGGGCAGGGCACCGUGGAACAACAGGCCUACUGGAUCGGCAGGGCGUUCAACCUUGACAUUAUCGGAACAUAUGCUCAGACGGAGUUGGGUCACGGAACCUUCGUGCGUGGUCUAGAGACCACCGCCACAUACGACGCCAGUACCAAAGAGUUCGUGUUGAAUAGCCCCACGCUCACUGCCUACAAAUGGUGGCCUGGGGGAUUGGCACACACGGCCAAUUACUGCAUCGUGAUGGCCCAACUGUACACCAAGGGCAAAUGCCACGGCAUACACGCGUUCAUCGUCCAACUACGAGAGGAAGAAACCCACAUGCCGGUCCGUGGCAUCAAGGUUGGCGAGAUUGGCGCCAAGCUUGGCAUGAAUGGCACCAACAACGGUUUCCUUGGCUUCGACAAUGUCAGAAUACCGAGGGAUCACAUGCUUAUGAAGAAUUCAAAGGUUUUAGAGGACGGCACGUACGUGAACGCUCCCAGCUCGAAGCUGGCGUACGGCACGAUGAUGUUCGUGCGCGUCAUGCUCGUCAACGACAUGUGCAAGUACAUGGCCAAGGCCGUCACCAUCGCCGUGCGCUACUCCGCCGUGCGCAGGCAGUCGCAGCCCAAACCAGAUGAGCCAGAACCGCAAAUCAUCGACUACUUGACGCAGCAACACAAGCUGCUGGUGGGCAUCGCUUCAGUGCACGCGUUCCGCAUGAGCGCCGACUGGCUGUGGCUCAUGUACAACAACGUCACCGCCGAGCUCGACGCGGGCGACAUGGAGAGGUUGCCAGAGUUGCACGCGCUGUCGUGCUGCCUCAAGGCGGUGAGCACGGACGACGCGGCGCAGUGCGUGGAGCGCUGCCGGCUGGCGUGCGGCGGGCACGGCUACAUGCUGUCGUCCAACCUGCCGCUCACGUACGGCCUGGUGACGGCUGCCUGCACCUACGAGGGCGAGAACACCGUCAUGCUGCUACAGACUGCCAGGUAUCUGGUGAAAGCAUGGCAGCAAGCCGCGGCGGGCAACACCUUACCCCCCACGGUGUCGUAUCUGGGGGAGCUGCGCGCCGGCCGCCGCUCGCCGCCGUGGGACAACACCAUCGAGGGCAUCGUCAAGGGAUUCCACAUGGUCGCUUCUGGAAAAAUCGGCAUAUGCGUGGCACAGAUAGAGAAACGUCAAAAAAACGGCAUGUCAUACGAAGACGCGUGGAACAUGACCUCAGUGCAACUCGCCUCGGCGUCGGAGGCACAUUGCCGAGCAUUUCUCUUGUCGAUCUACUACAAGGAUAAUGAGAAGCAAGUGGCUACAGUAUCGCCGGAGUUGCGGAUAGUGUUGCAGCAACUGUGCGACCUGUACAUCGUGUACUGGGCGCUGCAACGUAUCGGAGACUUGUUGAGGUUCACGUCGAUAUCGGAGCGCGACAUCGAGCAGCUGCAGAACUGGUACGAGGACCUGCUGGUGAAGGUGCGACCCAACGCCGUGGGGCUGGUGGACGCCUUCGACAUCAGGGACGAGAUCCUAAAUUCGGCAUUAGGAGCAUACGACGGGCGAGCGUAUGAGCGACUUAUGGAGGAAGCGAUGAAGAGCCCCCUCAACGCCGAGCCUGUCAACCAAAGCUUUCACAAAUAUCUUAAGCCAUUGAUGCAGGGCAAACUGUGAUUUAAGUGCUAUAAGCUCAGACCAAUUAUAGAAGGACCUGUAUCACACUCAUAGUCACGAGCAAAAUUGUCUGUCAUUUUCUGAGGAAAACUAGCUUCGAUUUGGUAUAUAUCUUAUACUAAACUAGAAAUUUUUGCCCGUUUUUUACACCAUUCAACUUCACAAAAACAUUAUUAAGGAGCUCUUUAAUCGACGAACACAAUUACAACUAUUUAACAUCGAUGCUAUAAAGACAGUUCUUAUAAACGCAUUAGAUCGUUGAUCAUAUACUUUGACAGAAAAGUAACGUCAAGCGAGGCAGGUCCAAUACAAUAAUUAGUCUGAAGCAUAGACACCAUAGAUAAAAGGCUAUAAGUAUAUGAAACCUCACUGACCAAUAAUAAAGUAAACUAAAACACAUUGUGCCAAACAGUUGCAAAUCAUACAAAUCAAAAUUGGUAACUUUUUAGCAAGUUCGUAUAGUAAGUACCAAGUAAUAUUAGUUUCAUCUCUCUUUGGUUGACCUCAGAGAAAUCGUUAAUUAGUUUCAUGACAAUUUUUAACCAUAAACAAUUUUGUUUUUUAUCAUUCACUUUUGUUCAGUGAGUUGUAGGCUAGUAGAUACUAUGUAAGAUGAAGUUAUAAGCUCAAUUAAUAGUUUCAUGAUUGUGAUUUUUAAUAAGGUGCUUUGGGUAUGAUAACAUAAAGUAUUUAUUUAAACAUGAAAAUCGACUUAUGUUCGGAUGAACUUAAAAUAUUUCACUAUAAGUAUAAGUGUAAAUAUUUAGCUUAUGUCCAUCAAACUACAGUUAAAUUUAAAUAUAACGGCGUAAUUUGUCUAGCGGUCUUAAAAUUAUCUAUAGAACCAUAGAGCAAAGAUGUAUUUUCAAGCAUGUAUUUGAUAUCCAUUUUGUCACAGCUUGUCUUGACAUUUGUAUCUAAAUAAUAUAAAAAUAUGAAUAGAGAUUACACUUGUAAAAGUGCCUAUUCUUGCCUUAAUACCGCCUUGUCUAUGUAUAUAACCACCAACAUGGUUAUUUGAAUGUAUCGAAAUAAUUUAAAAUAUUAAUUACGAAAUAGUAAUUAUAUAUGACAAAAAACGCUAUGAAGUUAUAAAAUACUUUAGAUAUAAGUGGGCAUUAAUUUAAUCUUGUCAAUCACUUUUAUAUCAACUUACAUUAAACAAUAAAUCAUGUAAUCAUAAUAUAUCGUUAUAACUUUGUUGUAUGUGAGAACUGAAAUUUAGGUGAUGGUGGUUGUAAGACAUUCCAUACUACAAUAGAAAGAGAUUACUCAGUAUUAGUUUAUAAUAUAUUGAAUUAUAGUAUUGGGAUUGAGAUUUUGUGAAAAUAUAUAUUAUAUAAAAAAUAUAUUGUUGUUUUGUAAGUU